AUGCCGCACAAGCGAUUUGAAACUGCACACCGGUGCGCGCUACCACACAAGGCGAUUGACCCAGCCCUCUCAAAACUCUGGGUGAUGGCGCAAUCUUGCCAGGCGUACAGUAAUGCGCGCCAAAGACAACGGUUCAAGGGUUCUAAAAAUGGCGUUGCAAAUACCUCCAUCUUGCCAGAAGAGUCGAUUUCUCAAGCUCCGCUUCCGAAGUCUCCAGCAAGGGAACACAAAUCCGAGUUGCGGAAUGGGGUCCCUUCAUCUCCUCUCAGCCGAUCAUCCCAAUUGAACAGCGUCACGUCAGAUAGCAUCACUUCCAAAUAUUCCUCUGUUACGUUUGGACGCGCCAGAGGCAUUCGCAAACCACGGUUGUCAAGUUCACAAGCGGCGAAUGACAGUCUCACGUUGCCUCAGCUCAAUAAAGAUCUAGCGGAAGCUCUCGCAGCGUUGAAAGCAAGGAGCGAUGUUUCGGCAAAAUCUACUGGAAGCAUCGCGAAACCUCACAUGUCCGGUCCAGUGACCUUAGAAAGUCUUCCAGUCAGCUCUACAGUGCAAGAUGGAAGUGCCUCAGCGUCCUCACGUAUCGUAUCAUUCAACGGCCAGACAAUAGAGGUUCCCGAUAAAAUCUUUUGUCAUCUAUGCGACUCUCCAAUGAGGCUAGGUUUGCGGAAAAUAAAGCACAAAGAAGGAAUUCGUCUUUACGUUGUCUACAGAUGUGUUCGAAGAGGAUGUCAGACGUAUCGUUCUGUACGCAGCGUCAUUGAAGCUGAUGACAGCUAUGGAGGUGGAGGUGGUUCGCAGAACACCGACGUUCCUACCGGGUAUCCUUUCGCCUUUCUGUCUUUCUUCAAUUUUGUUUUCAAAGAAUUGUGGGUGUUACGUUAUGGUUUUCUUCAUAAAACACUGAUUUACGUGAAGAAAGAAGUAACAGUAAAGCAAAUGGAGAAAAUGUUGGAUUUUGACUUCAAGUUUUUCAACAACAAGCCCGCGCCUAAGCACUUGAUACCUAGACUGCUAUUUGGCCGUUUGAAUAUGUCAAUCUCCGAAAUGGAUGAGCUCCUUGAAACUGCACAAGGCCAAAAGGAAAUCCAGCACCUUAUGAUGCGCUUUCACCAACCGUCUCCUCCGCCCUGCAUCAUCGAGGCAGCAGAACGGUGGGAAGCUAUGGCUCGUGAUGACCAACCGCAGUUCAUUCGACGACCGGAUUAUAGAACGCCACACAUUGACUCUUGUAAUCAGUAGAGUCUCGUCAGUCGGCUUCAAAGAAUUCCGCAUAGUUUUGUUUUCCGCUGUCCUUCUCUGCUAAGAACGUCGCCGUUAUUGCGAAGUAUGAGUUUUUUGUAGCAUCUGCUUGCCAAGUCCUUUCUGUGCAUAGGUUUCGCCUUUCAUAUCAUUGCCAUGUAAACUUUUUAUCUUUUCAACUUUAUUUUGAGCUACAAGCUUCAGUUGCCUUACAAAACACGUCGAUGUAUUGGCG